UUUUAUUUUGUCCCCCCCACAGUCCAGUUACUUUUUCUCUCAACAGCAACCCCGCAGGGACAUAUCAUCUCCAACACCAACACAUGAGACAGUCUGUUACACUACAAUUCAUAGAAAGAAAUGUAAUAAAAGACACGACUGUACAUACUCAUCAACACAACCACGUGACCAGCGACGAGGAAGUCCAUUCGGAGGGGAAGGAUCCCCGAAGCUCGUUCUUCUGCCAGGUCGCGAGGCUUCAACAUGGCUCACGCGGGGGCUCUGCUGGGUCUGAGCCUGCUGCUGGUGCUUCCGGUAGCCGCUCACUUAACUACCGAAGGACCGCAGCAGUGGCCCGUUCCCUACAGACGGUUCGACCGUCGCCCUGCUGUGGACUCUUACUGUGAAGCUGUCUACCCGUUCUGUCCCACCGGAGACCGGGACGGACGGGUUCCCGACAUGAGAGACAGUGACGUCAUCUCCGUCUACCGACUGCAAACUCCGGUGUGGGAGUUCAAGUAUGGAGAUGUGAUGGGGAAAGUUCACAUCAUGCACGAUGCCGUUGGGUUCAGCAGUUUGGAUUCAGGGGCCAACUACACCAUGGAGUGGUACGAGCUGUUCCAGCUGGGCAACGCACCUUCCCCGCAUGUCAGGCCCGAGGUGUACGCACCGUUGUGGUGCAACCAGGGAGCCGCCUGCUUCUUUGAGGGGAUCGAUGACCUACUGUCACAAAACGGCACCUUGGAGAAAAUCGGAGAAACUCACAGGGAGCCAGUUCAAUGACGUGGCCCGUGGGUCCAGGACGACAACAACACCGUCUACUACGAGACGUGGACCGUUCGCUCCGGGACCGGCCCCAACGCCACGGUGUGGUUCGAGUCUUACGACUGCUUCCAGUUUUGUCCACUCGCACGUACAGGAAGACUGACUGAGCUGGGAUCCAAACUAGCCAGGCAGAUCCCAGACCAACUACACAAGAUCUACCUGUACAGCGGAGAGCCCGCCUACCUCGGCAACGACAGCGCAAUAUUUGGGCAGCCCGCUCUGAAGAAUCUGGCCGUGGACAUCCGGAAGUUCUACCACACAUUCAGGCCGCACCAGUCGUUGGCCGACUUCGCCAUCAGUCUGUUGGAGGCGUAUGAAAAGGUCGUGAUAGAGAAGAGCUUCUACCUCUACUACAACUUUGAGUACUGGUAUCUGCCAAUGAAGCCUCCCUAUGUGCAGAUUACCUAUGAAGAGGUGCCUUUGCCAUAACACUUUAUUUUCAUUAACAGUCAACCUGUUUUUAAUUGUUUCUAUUAGUUGAGUGAGUCUCCAAAAGCCAAAUAUGUUAACAAGAUAGAGAAAAACAGCAAAGAAAUGUUCACGUUGAAGAUUUUGAAAAGUUGUUGGUGAUCAAAGUACCUUGAGGCAUUCCUCAUAACUUUUACAAAGCUAUUUAUUCGAUAUCUUGAAUUGUUGACUUAAAUUCAGCUUGCAGUCUUCUUCUUGCCCGCAUUUUGAGUGCUCAGAAAAACAUGGACAUUUGAAUAUCUAGAAUUCCAUGACAAUUGGGCAAACUGAAGAUUAUUUGAUAUGAUCAAAAGUUCAGAACGGCUACUAAAUAGUACUUGUGGUGAGAUUAUUAUUUUUGAUUUAGUCUUUUCUGAAGAGUGUGGAGUCUAAAUCAAUCAAAUGUCUCAGAGUAGGAAAUAUGUACAAUGUCAUUCUUUCUACGUAUGAGAUGGGCUAAGAGGUGCACUGCACCAGGCCAUCAUUCAGAUUGGUACAGGUCUACUAUAGUUUGUGUACUUCUUUUUCUCUUUUCAUCUUUUUUUUUCUCCAAUAAUUGCCCCAUUUCAUGGAGUCUACUUGUGCAUUUAAUUGAACUAAUUACAACGACUGCAGUGUUUUGGAAAAUAAUAAAAACAGACGCAACAAAGAGUA